UAGACCAUAACGUAAAAUUGUCACAAAACAUAUGCUUAUAAUAUAGUGAUGUUGACUAAGCUUUUGUACACUAGACCUCUACCACUCCCACUAUUUUAGGAGUUCCUACAAAAAUGACAUUUUGGUGGUACCGAUACAUGAAGUGCUUAUUAGUAUUAUUAUGUAAAGCAUAAUAUUAAUAAUAUUAAAGACUGCGAUAAAAGUGUCAGAGAUUUAUAUUAAUACAACAAAUAGAGAGCGAAAAAAUAUUAUGUGAUAUACUAGAUAUGAGGUUUAUAUCCCGGAACCGUUAUCGUAAAAUUGGUGUCGGCAUACUCUUUGCAUUGUUUCUCGUACUCAUUAUAAGCCAUAGUCAACAAUCAUUGAAUUCGGUGAAGAAUAUCAUCACAAGACAGACAUCGAUGAUUGCCGGCAAAGGCAAUGAUAAAGACUUGGAGUGGACUCCGGAAAAGUUAAAACAAUUCAUGCAUUUACUCGACAAACAAAAUCAUAACAUCUAUAAUAAUAGUUAUCAUAGUUUUAGUACUAAUACUAAUAAUAAUAAUAAUAAUAAUUUUAGACAAUUAAUUCAAAGCACAGCUAAUUCAUCACACAGUGAAUACAAAUUACAAUUUCCAUCUUUAAGUCAAUACUUGACUUAUAUUAGUGAUGAACAGUCAGCUCUUACGCCAUCAUUCGUGCUCUCGAAGAGAUCGCCGCUUAAUAAAGCAUCUCUUGUGUUUGGUGUGCCUCACAUCAAGAGAUCCAAAGAAUCUUAUCUUCAGUUGACUCUAUAUUUUCUCAUUAAAAACAUAAAGCCUUGGGAUUUGAAUGACACACAUAUUAUUGUAUUUAUAGCCGAAACUGAUAUGAAUUAUGUUAUGAACACAACGCGAAUGAUUGUCCAUCACUUCGAAGAGUACAUUAAUAGUGGUAUCUUAGCGGUGAUAAGUCCGUCCCCAACAUAUUAUCCUGAUUUUAAUAAACUUUAUAAAAAGCAAACAUUAGGCGAUCCUCUUAAACGAGUUCAUUGGAGGACUAAACAAAAUCUAGACUUUGCUUACCUUAUGAUGUAUGCCUACACUAAAGGUGAUUAUUAUGUCCAACUCGAAGAUGACGUGGUUUCGACUCCAGAUUAUGUCGGACUAAUCAAAGAGGCAAUCAUUGAUCUCAAUAAAAACAAAACCGAAUGGUUUACAAUACGUUUCUGUCGGUUGGGAUUUAUCGGACAAAUGCUAAAAAGUCAAGAUUUGCCGCAAUUAAUCACAUUUAUGCUCAUCUUUCACGAGGAUCAGCCAUCCGAUUGGCUGCUCGACUAUCUGAUCCAAACACGGGUUUGUCGUAAAGACAAGGAUGCAAAAGACUGCCGCCAACGCAAAGAUAGUCUUUGGCGGACACACAAGACAUCUCUGUUUCAGCACAUUGGCUAUCAUUCAAGUCUUGACGGAAAAGUUCAAAAAUUAAAGGACAAGUUCUUCAAAACAAAAACUUUUUCAUAUAUUGUACACAAAGACAAUCCACCGGCAGAUGUGAUCACUUCACUCAAGUCAUUCAAAGACCACACUAUUUCCAAGUCAUACAAAGGAGAUGACUAUUUCUGGGCAAUCAAUCCUAAAGAUGGCGAUCACAUUAUCAUUACAUUCAAUGAGCCGACAGUUUUAGAUGAAUUGACAAUCAAUUCGGGUAACUUUGAGCACCCGAACGACAAGAUACCCGAUGAGACCACUGUUGAAAUUAUACCACAAAUAUCUCAAAACUCGAGUUUUGUCGUCACAUCGGAUGGAUAUUACAUAAUCGGUUCAUUUGUCGAUGGAUUCAUCAAAAUAACAAACUUAAAAGAUUUUGGAUUAAUUAAUAAACUUAGAGUGUAA